UUAAGCGGCUCAGCACAAUCGGGACACUGCGAUCCCUACAGCUCUCAGAGAGAAACACAGAGAAAGAGAAAGAGAAAGAGAAAAGAAAGGAAAUAUGGUGAAGAUAUCCUUCCAGCAGGUGACGGCGCAGAAGCCUGAAAAGCUGAACGAUGGAGAGAAAGAGGAGAUUGUCAUGUCUUUCCCUCAAGACGAGCUGGUCCUUCCUCUCCGGCCUAAGAAGUCCCCAGUAAGCGGCAUCUGCUGCCUGAUCCUGGGCCUCGUCAUCUUCAUGUCUGGACUGAUCAUGGUGUCCGUCUAUGUGUAUCGCUACUACUUCACCCCUCAGAUCCCCGAGGACAGCCUGUUCCAUUGUCGGGUGUUGUACGAGGACUCUGUGUAUGCUCCGUUGCUAGGGAGACAAGAGCUGCAGGAGAAUGUGGGCAUUUACUUGGAGGAAAACUAUGAGCAGAUCAGCGUUCCUGUGCCUGACUUCGGGGGAAGCGACCCAGCUGAUAUCAUCCACGACUUCCACAGGGGCCUCACAGCCUAUCACGACAUUGCGUUGGAUAAGUGCUACGUGAUCGAGCUCAACACCACCAUUGUCAUGCCUCCCAGGAACCUGUGGGAGCUGCUUAUGAAUGUCAAGAGAGGAACGUACCUGCCUCAGACGUACCUGGUCCAGGAGGAGCUGAUGGUGACCGGGCGGGUGAAGAACAUGCGCCAGCUCGGCCCCUUCAUCCACCGGCUAUGCUACGGCAAAGAGACGUACAGGCUGAGACGCCGCAGUGCUCGCAGACGUAUAGAUAAGCGAGAGGUCAGGAAGUGCCACAGCAUCCGUCACUUCGAGAACACGUUUGUGGUGGAGACUGUGAUCUGUGACCGGGCCUAACCCCACCGUCCCGGGCCGUCUCUCCAACUCUACUGAGCAGAACCCAAACCCCGCCCCCCUGCGUUUAGCUUUCACUGCACUUUAUAGCGCCUCUAUUCUACUACUGUACAUAAGUGUGUCCAUUUAGUUACGUUACAUUCAGUUUGCUGUUCUCUUUUUGUUUUUUCCUUUGGUUAUGGAUAUUGAUCUGUAUAUACUGACGAUUAACCACUUACUGUAUAGAAUAACUGUUUAGUUUUGUUUGUCCCACUGAAUGUGGGUAGGAGCCCUGAGAUCGGAAUAUGAGGGACUGGUCUGCUACAUGUUUGAUAAAUGUCUUGUCUUUCUUUGAUUUAACUGUAAAACAGUAUUGUAAUGACUCCUCUCUCUCUCUCUGUUUUUUUAAACGUUUGAAACUGUGGCAUGCACUAUGCACUGACCUUCUUUCUUGUUUACUUGUUUGUUUGUUCUGGUUUUGUUUGUUGUUUAGUUUUUUUAUUUUAUUUCUUUGUCCAUAAAAUGGUGUUGUUUGUGCACUUCUUCUGAAGUUACCCUGUGUUAGAUAAGAAAUACAGAAUUGGAAAAUCGUCUUAAUGCCAAAUAAGUAUACCUCAUGUUGUACAAAUAUGAAUUAAUUGCCUGUUGUGUUAAUUCAGUCGUUUUGAUUUUGUGUUUUAUGUAACUUCAAAGCAAUAUGAGCAUGUAGAGUUUUCUUAUCUUGGAUUUCAUAUUUGAACAUAAGCUGUUUUUUUUUUUUUCUUAAACUUUGUCCAUUGCCAUAGUGAACUGAUACGUUUUGUCUCUGUGAAUAAAGUUUAUAGAAAAAUUUUAAUGACUACUAGGAAUGAAUUGGAAUAGAUGGCUUUUCAGCUGUCUUUUGGCUUGGGUUGAUGGUCGGAAUGUAUAAGAAGACAUUAUCGUACUGUAUUAAAACAACCCAUUUGGAUAUAUCAUCCCACCUUCACCAACUUAAAUAGGGUGCUGUAUGUAUAACAAAUACACAUGUUCAGUCUUUUCCUAAACAUUUCUGUGGGAUGUAUCCAGUGUGUUUCCAGCUGUACACUGUUGAUUGAUGGAGAUAUAACUUACUAGGGCCUAAUAGAGUCGCAUUGCUGAGACUGUUCCAUUUUGAAUGUUAUCCUUAUACACACUUGCACCAUUUCUGCACCAUUACCACUUCUUUUCUACAAAUGUUAGGAAAUAUCACAUGGUUCUAGGGUCAGGAAUGAAGUAGCUGCUAUUGCAAGAGUUUCUGAAAGCUGCUCUGUGUGAUGAGCCACAUUCAGCAUCUUCCUCUAUGUAAAUACUUUGCUUGUAUUAUGACUACUUGACAAUAAACUUUUGAAAACUU